AGAGAGAGAGAGUGAGUGAGUGUGAGUGCCACAGUAAGGUUGUCACUGGUUUCACCGGUCAUAAACUGAACAGCACACAGGAUUACCACACAGCACAAUGUGAAAAACAUUUGGGAUAGAGACAGAUCUUUUAUCUCUAAAACUGAAAAACAGCUCUCCUCUCCUUAAUUCUUCAAAAUAUUGGAGAAGUGGAAGCAAUAUGGCAGAGACCCACCCGGGGGAUUUGCUUUCACCGGUGGUUAUUCGAGAUCAGUCCACUAAAGCAUCUUCUGCUCCAACUAUGACAGUGUGGGGGUCCAGAGUGAAGCGCUGCAUGGGGCCUAACGUCUACACGGCUCCCCCAGAUGGUGGCUGGGGCUGGGUGGUGGCGGUCUCCUUCUUCCUGGUGGAAAUGUUCACCUACGGAGUCAUCAAGAGCCUGGGCAUCUUCCUCCAGGACCUGAUGGGGGAGUUUGGGGAGAGCAACAGCCGAGUCUCUUGGAUCAUCUCCAUCUGCGUCUUCACUAUGAGCUUCACUGCUCCUCUUGCUUCUAUAAUGACCAACCGAUUUGGGUUCCGGCCAGUUGUUAUGAUUGGUGGACUCCUCAUCUCCAUAGGAACCAUCGCCAGUGGCUUCACCAACUCCAUCAACGAGAUGUACAUCACCAUCGGACUCGUUGCAGGUCUUGGGUACUGUCUGACCUUCCUUCCCACCGUCACCCUACUGUCUCAGUACUUCUCCCAGCGACGCUCCCUGGUCACAGCUGUCGCCUCCACGGGAGAGUCCUUCUCUGUGUUCGCCCUCGCCCCAGCAUUCUCUGCUCUGAGGGACUGUAUCGGCUGGCGUUACACUCUGGUGGUGAUCGGAGCUCUGCAGGGCAUCAUCAUCAUCUGUGGAGUUUUGCUAAGACCCAUCUUCAUCAGACCUGGACCAGCCACGGAGACAGAGACAGGUGGACUGGCUGACCAAGAGCUGAAGGCUCUGAACACACAGGAGGAGUACAGCACUAAGGAGAGAUUGUACACUAAGGACAGUUCAUAUGCUAAGGAUAGCUCUUACACACCGCAGAGUUCCUACUCUCAGGAGYACAAGCUGACUCAUUGUUACUCCCUGAGCUCUGGAGAGUCUGAGGACUCUGGGGUCCAGUCCCUCCAUCACCAGGUCCUGGAUGAUGGUAGCAAGGCAGGGGAGGAGAUUCCUCUGAAGGGGAAAGGGGAGAAGGGAGAAAAGGGGGGGAAAGAGAGAAGAGAGAAGGAAGCGUCUUCACAGCUGUGCUUAGGAAGCAAGGAGAUGGAGAAGGACGAGGAGCAGACACAGACAGUAUCCGCCCAAAAGCCCAAACUCCUUGACUUCUCCGUGCUGAGAGAAGGCAGCUUCAUAUGCUAUGCUCUCUUCGGCCUCUUCGCCACAUUGGGUUUCUUUGCCCCUCAGCUCUAUAUCAUCGAGCUGAGCGUGAGCCGUGGCGUGGAGCGCGACCGUGCAACCUACAUGCUUUCCGCCAUGGCGGUUGCAGAGAUCUUUGGUCGCCUCUCCAUUGGUUGGGUGCUAGGCAGGAAGCUGUUUAGAGGCAGGAAGCCCUUGGUGCUGCUAGGAUGUGUAGUCCUGCUGUGCCUGGUGCUGGUGGCCUUUACCCUGGUGUGGGAGUUCUGGGGCCUGGCGAUGUGUUGUGGGUUCUAUGGGUUUUUUAUGGGCACUGUGUCAUCAACGCAUAUACCCAUGCUGGCAGAGAAAGAUGUGGUGGGCAUAGAGAGGAUGGCGUCGGCCGCGGGAGUCUAUGUGUUUAUACAGAGCUURGCUGGGCUGGCCGGACCACCACUAGGAGGUGUUCUGGUGGACCUGACUCAGAACUACGGCUCAGCUUUCUACUCCUGUGCGGUGGGUAUGGGUUUGGGAGCUGUGUUCCUGGGACUGGUACGACCAGCCAAGAGAGGCUUGCCCUGCUUCAGCAAGAGGGGGCCUCAAAAUUGCCCAGAACCCCUGCAGGUGGGMCCAGGGAACCCWGUACCUCAGCGAGAGGGGAAGGAGYCCCAGGACAGAGACAGUCUUCAGGACUUCCUAGAAGUUGACCUUGAUUUGGACCAGAAACAGGAAAUCAUUACUGAAAAAGGCCAACUGAUGACAAUCUCUACUUGAAAAGACAUCACACAGCUCAGAAGGAAACCCCAUAAGAGUCUGAACUGAAGUCUUGGCUAAGCUAGUGCUGAUUGAGACAAAUCAGACAAAUAUGUGAAUAAAGACUGCCAUGGACAGAUAAGGAAUCUCUAUCCUGUGAUUUCAGAUCUGGUUUCGGGAGUCUGGAGAMGUUUCAUAUSUCCAGUCACUCACACUGAACAAAGGAAAGGGCAUACUGAACAACCUGGAUGUAAGGGGUGAAAUUAACACUACAACAAUGUUAUUAUGGCUUCCAUGAACAUCAAAACACUGUGUUUUAGCUCAUGGAACUGUUAGAGAGGAUAUACAAACAAUAUGUAGAGGCCAGUUAUUAGAUUUAUGAAGUCAGCUGGGAAACCUUAUUACGCUCACACUUGAUUUCAAAGGUCAAUUGUAAGGCAACUAGCUGCAAUAAGAUUGUGAGUUUGCUCCCAAAAAUAACAUUAAAGUUGAUUCAACUUA